AUGAAAAUGCACAUCAAUGAAGCAAAGGCGCGAUUAUCCUCGCUCCACGCUUGGAAACUACCGAAAGAGCCUAGUAGUCUAGCACCUCCUGGAGUACCGAGCAGUAAAGAUUCCGAUCCAAUCCCUCCUGGGCUGCAGACUUGGAAUGGCCUCGACUUUGUGAACUAUUGGUUUUCUGACCUCGUCAACAUCACCAGCUGGACUAUUGGGACAGCUCCACUUCUUGUGGGAUUGAGCACCGUGGAUGCUAUUCUCAUUGUCAUGCUCUCGGGAAUUUGCAACGGAUUGCCUACAGUUUUGAACGGAUAUGUUGGAAGUGAUUAUCAUAUUCCCUUCCCUAUAGCCGUGCGGUCAAGCUUUGGGUAUUACUUUGGGAAUUUCCCGGUGUUCUCUCGGGCUGUUCUCUCAGCCGUCUGGUUCGGUGUCAAUUCGAUGACUGCCUGGAUCUGUGUCAAAGCUGGUGACGUACAAGGGAUUUUCAACCAGUCCGCAAAAUUGUCAGGAAAAGCGCACAAAUGGCUAUGGCUUGCAACUUUCUCAUCUACCACAAAUUCCUGGCUGACUAGUGCGGUAAACAUGUCGGAUUAUUCAAGGUUUGCUAAAACAAAGAGCCGGGGACAAUGGUACCAGGCUUUGGCUAUCCCCGUAAUCAAAACUGUCUACGCGGUUCUUGGUCUCGCUGUCGUUGGUGCUGGACGGGUGCUUUACGAAGAGGACAUAUCCAGCCCAGUCGAAAUGCUUCCAUAUUGGGGCCAUACAGGAGGCGGUCGUCUCCUUGCCUUUCUCUGCGCUAUCCUCUGGAUGGUUGCCCAGAUAUCUUGUGAUAUUUCUGCCAACUCAAUCCCCUUUGGUCAUGAUGUCAUGUCCUUUAUCCCAGCGUGGAUGACCAUCCGACGUGGUUCCCUUCUCUGUCUACUUGUCGGUGCAUGGGUUAUGGUGCCAUGGUUGAUUGUCAACAGCGCUUCCAAGUUCCUAAGCUUCAUGUCGGCUUAUGGGGUGUUCAUUAGCCCUAUUUGCAGCAUAAUGAUCGCGGACUAUUUUCUCAUCCGACGAAGAAAGUUGAAUUUGUCUGACCUAUACCACCCUCAUGGCUGUUAUCGAUAUAGAGGUGGGAUCAAUUGGCGUGCGUUUGUGACGGAGUUCAGCUUCGCCGGAAUCAAUUUGCCGGGUGUCGUCAACAACCUCGCCCCGAGUGUUGUGGUACCUAGCGGACUGGCUCACUUAUAUCAGAUCAAUUGGUUUGUGAACACCUUUGGCUCCUUUUUCGUUUAUUGGUGUCUUUGCACGUUGUGGCCACCUCUUGACUCUCUUGAUACCAAAAUACUGCAUGACUUCGUUGAAAUCGAUGCUGGUGGUAACGGAAAAUUGAAUUUGGUCUCUGAGAAGGAAGCAAUCAAUGAUUCAAGGGUUUGA